AUGCUGAAACAAAUAAAACCCCGAAAUGCGCGCUCGAAACGAGCACUCGAGAAGAAAGCCCCGAAAGUAGUCGAGAACCCCAAGACUGCUCUUUUCCUUCGUGGAACUACUUGUUCGCAAGUCGUACAAGAUGCAUUAACCGACCUUUAUUCCUUACGCCAGCCACUCGCAAAGAAGUUUACCAAGAAGAAUGCCAUCCACCCGUUCGAAGAUCCCGCUUCGCUAGAGUUUUUCAGCGAGAAAAAUGAUACAUCGCUUCUCGUAUUUGGUAGCAGCUCUAAAAAGCGCCCGCACACAUUAACUUUAGCGCGCACGUUUGCAAGCAAGAUCCUCGAUAUGUUAGAGUUUCAUCUGGAUCCAGAGAGCUACCGGCAGAUCUCGCAAUUCAAGGGUCGCAAGUUUGCAGUUGGUUUACGGCCUAUGAUGCUAUUUUCGGGGACUGCUUUUGAGAGCCCCGUCGCAAACGAGUAUACGAUGGCUAAAAGCAUGUUGAUCGAUCUGUUCAAAGGCGACGCCACAAGCGACAAAAUUGAUGUAGAGGGCCUACAGUACAUCGUGUCUGUGUCAGCCGAUGAGCCCGUAGGUGAUGCUGUAAAGCCGGCGAUCCACCUGCGCAUCUAUCUCAUCUCGACAAAGCGCAGCGGACAGCGGCUCCCCAGAGUCGAAGUAGAGGAGAUGGGUCCUCGCAUGGACCUCCGCGUUGGUCGGAUGCGGGAGCCCGAGGAGGCGAUAUUAAAGGAAGCUAUGAAGGCGGUUAAGGUGGGCGAAGAGAAGACCAAGAAGAACGUAACGACAGACAGCAUUGGUGACAAGAUCGGCCGUAUCCACCUUGGUAAGCAGGAUCUCAGCGAACUGCAAACGAGGAAGAUGAAGGGACUCAAGAGGAGCCGAGAUCUGGACGAUGAAGAAAUGAAGGAUCCCGUUGUCGACGAGGACGCUCUGAAACGUCAGAAGAAGUAA